CCGUAGUCGUGUUAUAAAAUAUCUUUCAUCUGCGACCGAUAGUAGAUGGUUCUCCGAGGCGACAUCGUCCUCACUGCGUGGCAUUGCUCUCGGGCAAGCCAUUCCUCUAACCACUGCGACAGUGCGACUUUCCGACUGGAUCCAAGAUAUCCUUCGACAUCAUAAUUCACCACGCCACGAUGCCAAUCCCGGCAUAUCUGCACCGAACAGUGCCAGAAAGCACCGAAGUGAUUCCUAGGAUGCGCGUUCUAUUUGAGACUGGUCGCUUAACCUAAAUUAUGGAUGCCCGUUUUGAUCUGGAUAAUUGUCGAUGCCGGCUGAUCGUCCAGCCCGAUAGCUGGAAGAAAUUCGCGCCGCUAAUAUGAGCAUAUUCGAAUCCGGGGAUAUAAUCUGACAGAAUAGGACUGGUAAGGCGUUUUAUUUCUUUGUGUGUCCUUAUUUGAGCGUCGCGAUGUCCGCGCAGGAUAUCCUGGGACAGCCUCGCGAACAACCGAUAUGCAUCUCUUUAGCGGUGCCGCCGCGUUGCUGGCGCUCAGUCAGCGUGCAAAUGCUGCGUUCGGGCUGACGUCAACGAGCUCGCGGUAUAUCGUGGACACGGACGGCGGCCUGGUGUUCGAGGUGAACCGGUCAAACGGCGACAUCACCAGCCUCAAAUACAAUGGCGUGGAAUAUCAAGGCACCGGGAAAGCGUCUGCCAUCAACUCCGGCCUCGGAACCUCCUCAGUAACCGGCGAGACUGUCAAUGGCUAUGUCAAGAUCACAGUAAAGUCGAAUUCCUUGCCAGUCACGCAGUACUUCGUCGCCAAGCCUAAAGAAGCUAUCAUUUACAUGGCGACAUACAAUUCCAAGGAAGUCGACCCGGGAGAGCUGAGAUGGCUCGCGAGGCUGAGAACGUCAGAGCUUCCGACUGGCGUGCAUGGCAAUGUGGGCGACACGCGCGGCUGCACUGCCUUCGAAGGCAAAGAUACGUUUAAGUGCUCGAAUGGGGAGACAAGAUGCAAGAUGUACACUUCGGACCGCUUCAUCGAUGAUAAAGUGCACUGCGUGUCGGGAUCGAAAGCCCAAGUUUGCAUGAUCAUGCCUGGAACUGCAUAUGAGACAUCUGCGAGCGGCCCGUUCAUGCGGGACAUCAACAGCCAAACCGGCGACAGCGACCAGGAACUCUACUGGUACAUGAACUCCGGCCAUGUGCGGACCGAGCCAUGGCGCUUUGGGCUCCAAGGACCGUAUGCUAUGGCUUUCACAUCGCCCAACAAUAAGCCUUCAGAGGACCUCGAUAUGAGCUUCUUCGGGAGCCUUAGCAUCCAAGGAUACGUAGCAGCGAGCGGUCGUGGAUCUGUAACUGGGAGUGCCACCGGCGUGCCGAGUCAGUUUGAGACUGUCGUCCAUUGGUUCAACAAAGAUGCGCAAUACUGGACGAAAGCCAGCAAUGGGAAGUAUACGUCGCCGCUGAUGAAGCCCGGGGCAUACAGCAUGAGGUUGUAUAAACAGGAGUUCCUUGUGGCAAACGACACCGUCACCGUGGCUGCUGGCCAGACUGCCACCAAGGAUAUCGCAUCGAAAGAGCAGAAUAAGCCGGUGAUCUGGAGGAUCGGCGAAUUCGACGGCCAGCCAUUUGACUUGAAGAAUGGUGACAAAAUUGAGCGCAUGCAUCCGUCCGAUACGCGCAUGGGAAGCUGGGGCGGCUCAUUCGCGGCCGAAUCGUUGAAAGCGAAGGACUUUCCAAUGGCACUGUGGUCGAAGCAAGGUGGUACUGCUAGUGUAACGUUCACUUUGACGCAGGACCAAGUGAAAGGGCACGUCAUUCGCGUUGGGACGACGCUCUCGUUCAAGGGCGGUAGACCGUCGGUUAAGAUCAACAGCUGGACGGGAAAUGAUCCGGGAGCACCGGUAUUGAUCGACUCUCGUGGCAUUACUCGCGGGGCGUAUCGCGGAUGGGGCGACGUGUACACGUGGGAUGUGCCUUCUAGCGCGUUCAAAGUGGGCUCGAACACACUGACACUAGGGGUGUAUGGCAGUGGUGACGCGACCUGGCUCAGCGCGAACUAUAUUCUUGAUGCGUUAGAGCUCCAAGAUUGAGGCAGAAGGAGGCGACGCUUGAAGCAUCCCGGCAAAGCCCAUCAAUCCGUU